AGGGGGAAGACAAAGGGAGGUCGGCUCCGAUGGAUCCAUUGCUUCAUCUUGCAGCCGCAGCAGCAAAAGGGGAGAAAUUCCUCUCAACCCUCUAGAGGCAGGCCACCACCAUGGAGGAGUCUGCAGGGUCAUCGUCCAUGGAACUAUCCACCCCAGCGAGGCGCCCUCAACUCAAUCUUCCUGCUUCCGUUUCUCCUUCUUCUCUUUCCUUGGACACCCAUCUCCCAUGGAUAACUAGAGAGCCGUCUGCUUCCCCCAACAUGUCCUCUCCCUCGCCCUCGCCUUCGCCCUCCUCGAGGACCAUCUAUAGCGACCGCUUCAUACCUAGCAGAGCGAGCUCUAACUUCGCUCUCUUCAACAUCUCGCCUCUUCCUAAGAAUGAGAAGGAAGAUGGGUCUGGCACGUACACCACGCUACUGAGAUCGGUGAUUUUUGGGGGCAGUGAUUUUGAUGGCUUCUCCCCUGCAACGCCAGAAAAAGUGAAUGGUGAGAGAGCCAACAAGAACAUUUUCAGGUUCAAGACCGAGCUUAGGCGAUUGCCGCGUUCGCAUCUACGCUCAGACGACGCCCUGCCCGACGCUCUGCCGAACCCGCCGAAGGCGCCAAGGAAGGUCCCCCGUUCGCCUUAUAAGGUAUUGGACGCGCCGGCAUUGCAGGAUGAUUUCUAUCUGAAUCUGGUAGAUUGGUCAUCACAUAACGUAUUGGCAGUGGGUCUGGCUAAUUGUGUGUACCUCUGGAGUGCUUGUAGCAGUAAGGUGACCAAGCUGUGCGAGUUGGGACUUGAUGACAGCGUUUGUUCUGUGAGCUGGGCACAACGGGGCACUCAUUUAUCUGUUGGAACUAAGCUUGGCAAAGUUCAGAUUUGGGAUGCUUCUCGUUGUAAGAAGGUCAGAACAAUGGAGGGUCAUAGGAUGAGAGUUGGGGCUCUUGCUUGGAGCUCCUUUAUAUUAUCUUCAGGCAGUCGUGAUAAAACAAUAUGUCACCAUGAUAUACGUUCUCAGGAAGAUUGUGUUAGUAAAUUGACAGGCCACAAGUCCGAGGUUUGUGGGCUAAAGUGGUCAUAUGAUAAUCGUGAACUUGCAUCUGGUGGGAAUGACAAUAGGCUUUUCGUUUGGAAUCAACAUUCAACACAACCAGUUUUAAAAUUCAGUGAGCACACAGCAGCUGUGAAGGCUAUUGCUUGGUCUCCCCAUAUGUAUGGUCUUCUUGCAUCUGGAGGUGGCACUGCAGAUCGAUGUAUUCGGUUUUGGAACACAACUCUCAAUACUCACUUGAGCUGUAUGGACACUGGAAGUCAGGUUUGCAAUCUUAUAUGGUCGAAGAACGUUAAUGAGCUUGUAAGCACUCAUGGCUACUCACAGAACCAGAUAAUUGUUUGGCGAUACCCAACGAUGUCAAAGCUGGCAACACUUACUGGUCAUACAUAUAGGGUGCUUUAUCUUGCGAUCUCACCUGAUGGGCAGACCAUUGUUACUGGUGCUGGCGAUGAAACCCUUCGAUUUUGGAAUGUGUUCCCUUCUCCUAAAUCACAGGGCACAAACAGUGGCCUUGGAGGAUCAUCCUUUGGGAGAAGUCAGAUUCGUUGAACACAUUCUGUAGCGUUGGAGUUAUUGCUUUUUUGCUCCAUUUUCUAAAUGCUGGUCGUUUAUUUCUCGACGUGCUAGAAACCUGCUUGCAGCAGGGAAGGUUUACUUUCAAGUUUCAAGCAUGGCCAUAGAAGAGGAGCUCCGAGAGAAAGAGAGGCAGUUAGGGUUGGCAAACUGGUCGACGUGGUGCUUUUGUUACGGAUAUCUGCUGUUACUGUGGUUUCCGUAUGGGGAUGUAGAUAACAAUUGCUCUGGAAUGAGUUCAUGAUAUAUUCUGAUUUUGUAUAGUACUUACAAAGAAAAACAAAUGCACAGCUUCGGUUCCUACA